AUGGCAACCAUUGACUUGGAGAAAAAAAGUGGCAAUUACGGAUUUCCAAAAAUUUCUGUAGAACUUAAAGCUCAUGAACAUGAUAGCAAGUUUAAACUGUACAGACACAAUCUUAAUUCGUAUUCACACCAGCACUUUUUCUGUUUUAAAUUCAAGGGCCUGAUUAAAAUCCUGUUCGCCUACGACGCAUUUAAAACAGACAAGGUUAUUUUUAUAGAGGCGUACUUUAGCAACGACAAUUCAGAUGAACUUGUCAUCUUCGGUUUCGUCACUACAAAGAAUGUAAGAAAGUAUUUCAGAUUUAAAGAUUUCGCAAACGGCAAAAUAUCAGAUAUAUCCAAAGACUACAUAUCUGAGGAUCAACUGAGAAGAGAGUUAGAAAGGGAUGUUGCUUGCGUAACACCUCAACUCACAGUGGCUGAACGCGAUGCAAUAGAUAUCUACUACAAAACUGGUGUUGACCCGUACAAAUAUAACGGGAAUACUAUCUAUUCUUCGCACAAUAACUUUAAUGAUAACUACGAAUUUGUGCAAUACAAAUAUUCAAGUUUCGCCAAGAUUAUCGAGGGAGAAUUCACCAUCAGGUACAUGGAACUUAAGGUGAAAUUCAUUGGAAAUGUGAAAGGCGAGUAUUGCAACCAGGUGCUACUUUACGUCUCAAGAUCAAACCCGAAUACUCCAAUCAUGAUAGCGUUUGGUAUAAGCAGCAAAGAACUGAGAUACAUAUUGUUCUCAGAGUUUGUACAAAAAGACGAACUAACGGUUAAUGUAUCAGCACUUUCCAAGAUUGAUGUGAACGUCGACCCUAAGCAACUAAACUAUUUAGUGGAAGGCGAAUUAUUGAGUCUGUUGUACCAGUUCAACACAGAAAUAAGCGGUCUAACGAUCAUUAACACAAAAAGACAUGCGUCGUACGACAAUGUUAUGGUAUCCGAAAACCCAGCGCUAGGCGAGUUUCAAAGUUUCACCCAUAAACCGGUUUCCGAAUUUCACCAUCUUCUUAUAGAGUGCGGCUAUUUGCCAUUUACUAUGAAAGAGUUUAACCCAUCUGACUACGCGUUCGACAACCUACAACAUGUUGUUCUGUAUUACAGUAUUGCAACCAACGCCAACAUACCCCUGAUGAUAGAAAUAGUUACCAACGGAUGCAAUUUACACGUCUCGGAAGGCUUUGAACCAAACCUGUCAGAAUUCUUCGUACUUAAACAGAUCCUUGAAGUUUCAAAGUAUUACGACGGAUCCACUUUGUCCGACGACUGGAGCGUCACGUACGAAAUGGCGAAUCUGAAGACGAAGGACGUUGAGGGGAAACUGAAGGAACUGCUGAGGAUGUAUGUAAGACCCAUGGAGCUAAUGCCCAAGCCCAGACGCGAGUUGGGAGCCCUCGUAGUGGUGACCUGCAUCUUAGGAUCAGUGACACUAAUUGCUGGCUUGGCGCUUUUAAUGCCCAGAUGGUCGAGAAUGCUUUCGAAGCUGGUUAAGAAACUUUAUCACAUUCACUAA